AUGCAAAUUCCUACGACCCUUCUCGCCACCUUGGCAACACUCUUUGCAUUCACACAAGCUCAGAAAUGCUUGUCACCUGGCCGACCUUAUUGUCAUGGUAAUGCGGUGUAUGUCUGCGAUGGUACGGGUCCGCCGCAGAUCAAGGAGAGCUGUAGUGGGGAUUGCAAGUGUAUAGACUUCAAGAUUGAGGCGCAGUGUGAUGCAUCGUGCCCGAAGACUGAAGCGGGCCCGGGACAUCCUAAGAGAACUGCUGCUCCGGAGGUGAUGUAUUGA